AUGGCUGCCGCAGUGGCUAGAGCCCCAAAUAUGCCAAGCCGGUCUUCAACCCCUCCGCCGUACCUGUCGCUAAACAUUUCGUCCCGUGGUACUCCUGCUGCCAUCCCUAACAAGCACAUUCCAAUAUGUUCGCCAGGUGGUCUCCCCGCAACUCCCCCUGCAUCCCCUCCGCGGCACGAUAGCCUCAUCGAGACGUCGUCUAUCACAUAUCCGCCAGACACGCAUUGCACAGAGUACUCAAGCGACCCACCAGUAUACACAAUCACUGCAGAUAAGAUGGCCGAAGCUUUGGAGCACAUGGCGACUCAGCCCCUCCCGCAUCCUGAGCAAGUCUUUCCUUGGCUGCACGGCCUCCAUCCAGAGAACCAGAUACAACUCGCGUUCUUCACGUCUCGCCGAGCGUCUAGUCGGAAAAUACCUAGCUGCCUUCGCAGCAUUGCUCUUGUAAAGACAGGUGGGAACCUGUCGUCAUCGAAGUUGAAGGCUGCGAUCUCGCCAGAGGAAUUGCUCAGUCCUUCUUCUGAUGACGAUUCUCCAGCUUUUAUUGAGUGCGAUCCCAAGGAUGGUUUCUCCGUGCGCAACUUCCAGAUACAAACUUGCAAAAUGGCCAUGGUUUCUGACAUCAUUAUUUAUGGUGAUCACAAAACCCAUCCCAAUGAUACGAUUGCUCUUGCCCAGAAGAUCUCGAAGGCUCAGAGGCUACACGAGGCAAAGAACGGGUUUCCUCGUGGUUUGUUCAACACAUUCAUGCUUUCAGAUUCUUUCGAUUUUGUACAAGAGAAGUUUCCGGAUUUGGUUGCCAUUGACUCGAGAGGUGGGACGACUGGCAACUCCGUUGACUUCGCCUACUGGGAGCGAUAUGAGAUGUGUGCGAUGUCAAAGGCGUCUGAGAUUAGCAACAAUGUAUUCUUAGGACCAACUCCUGAUCCAGCUGUUCAUCCAGAUUCGUUGAAUGCGGAUGCCUACGACAUGCUUAUUGAAGCGACAGACCUCGCCCACGUGCCUGAGUCGCGCUCGUUGAGGGCGCUACGCAACGCCUUGGAGAGGACUGGGCGAAAGUCAGCAUUACACAUGGAGUUCCCCUCCUCAGGAAGCAUCUUGCCUCCAACUUGGUCACAUGGAGACGUUGAUGGCCUGAUGGACACUUGCAAGUGGAUGUACGAGCUGGCAAACCCGCACGAGGUCAGACGAACCAAGCGAAGGAGGUCAGACGACGAUGAAGCGAUCGAACUAGAUGACGUUCCCGUACCUCGCAAGUUCUUGAUUCAUUGCACGGACGGUUACACCGAGACGACACUUCUAGCUCUAGCAUACUUCAUGUACGCCGAGGGGCUUCCUGCGCACGACGCCUGGAUACAGAUGCAUAGGGACAAGGGCCGGAACUUCUUCGCCUAUCCCACUGAUGUUGCGCUUUUGACAACGAUUCAGCCCCGUAUCCUCCAAGAAUCACCCCGGUUCAAGCAGAGUGUCUACCAUCUUUCGGAACCUCGGUGGAUGUCCAAGAUCGACGGAAGCUUGCCUAGUAGGAUCCUUCCAUACAUGUACCUUGGAAAUUUGAACCAUGCCAAUAACCCUGAGGUUCUUCGUGAGCUCGGAAUAACUCGCAUCUUAAGCGUCGGGGAAGCGCUCUCUUGGCCCGAAGAUGUUAGGAAGAAGCUCAACUGGCCUAGUGAGAACUUCUACAUGGUCGAUCGGGUCCAGGAUAACGGCGUUGAUCCUCUCUGGGAUGAAUUUGAGCGAUGCUUGAAGUUUAUCGAAGCUGGAAAAGCUGAUGGAGGAGCCACUCUUGUCCACUGCCGUGUGGGCGUAUCACGCUCUGCCACCAUUUGCAUCGCGGAAGUGAUGAAGGAACUGGGCCUGUCUUUUCAUCGCGCCUACUGCUUUGUGCGGGCUCGACGAUUGAAUGUCAUAAUACAACCACAUCUUCGAUUCACAUAUGAACUACUGAAGUGGGAAGAGUACCAGCGUCAGCGACGCGAUGAGCCUCUUCGCCGCGAACUCGAGUGGGCUACUGUAGCGCGUGAGAUUGCGCUUAUGAAUAAGCCCUACUCGAGGUAA